CACAUGUCUUCUUCAACCCAAGAACUGCUCAACAAACUUCUGAAGAACCCAAUCGCCAUCAAAUCAAAUCUCCAAGCCAAACAACUCCACGCCCAGAUUCUCAAAACCACAACAAACCCAUCUCCCUCCCAAAUCUCCUCUCUUCUCUCUCUCUACUCAAACUUCACCAACCUCUUCCGCUACUCACUUCUUCUCUUCCAAACCCUCCACUCUCCCCCACCUCUUGCUUGGAAAUCCAUCAUCAGAUCCUACACUUCCCAUGGCCUUUUCCUCCAAUCCGUCACUUCUUUCGUCCGAAUGAGAGCUUUUCAAAUAUACCCAGAUCAUAAUAUCUUUCCAUCGGUGGUAAAAUCUUGUGCCAUGAUCAAGGACUUGAGGUUGGGAGAAUCCGUACAUGGGUCAAUAAUUAGGUACGGAAUGGACUCGGAUUUGUAUACCUGCAAUGCGUUGAUGAGCAUGUAUUCAAAGUUUCAGAGCUUGGAUAAUGAGCACCAGUUGUUUGAUGAAACGCCUCAAGGAAAGGAAAUGCACAAAAUGGAAGUUAAAAGAGUUGUGCAGAUUAAUAGUGUGAGAAAAGUCUUUGAUAUGAUGCCUUAUAAGGAUAUUGUUUCAUGGAAUACUGUGAUUGCGGGGAAUGCACAGAACGGGAUGUAUGAAGAGGCUUUGUCUAUGCUUAGAGAGAUGGGGAAUGACAACAUGAAGCCUGAUGCUUACACUUUGUCCAGUGUUCUUCCUAUAUUUGCGCAGUAUGUGGACAUAAUCAAGGGUAAGGAGAUUCACGGGUAUGCCAUAAGAAAUGGGUUUCAUGUGGAUGUGUUCAUUGGAAGUAGCUUAAUUGACAUGUACGCAAAGUGUACUACAACGGAAGAUUCGCUUCGAGUAUUUGAUUUUUUAUCCUGUCAUGAUGCCGUUGCGUGGAACUCUAUCAUUGCGGGAUGUGUGCAGAACGGAAUGUUUGAUGAAGGUCUAAGAUUCUUCCGGCAGAUGUUGGUGGCUAAAAUUAAGCCGAUGCAGGUUACCUUUUCUAGCAUCAUGCCAGCUUGUGCCCAUUUGACAACUCUCCAUUUGGGCAAGCAACUCCAUGGAUACAUAAUCAGGUCAAGGUUUGAUGAUAAUGUGUACAUCGCAAGCUCGCUAGUGGACAUGUACUCCAAAUGUGGGAACAUUAGGAUAGCUAGGUGGAUUUUCGAUAGAAUAGAGACGCAUGACAUAGUGUCCUGGACAGCAAUCAUCAUGGGAUGUGCUUUCAAUGGUUAUGCCUAUGAUGCCAUUUCCUUAUUCGAGCGGAUGGAAGUGGAGGGAACAAAACCUUGUUAUGUGACGUUCAUAGCUGUAUUGACUGCCUGCAGUCAUGCGGGGUUGAUUGAUAAAGCAUGGGAAUAUUUAAAUUCCAUGACCCUAAGAUUCGGUAUUGCUCCUGGAUUGGAGCACUAUGCUGCUGUUGCAGACCUUCUCGGUCGAGCUGGAAGGUUGGAGGAAGCUUAUAAUCUUAUCUCCAACAUGAGUAUAGAACCAACAGGAAGUGUAUGGUUAACAAUCUUAGCUGGUUGUAGAGUUCAUAAGAACGUUGAAUUGGCCGCAAAGGUUGCUGAGAAAAUAUUCACGGUUGAUCCUGGGAACAUGGGUGCAUAUGUGAUUUUGUCGAACAUUUAUGCUGCCGCUAGGAGAUGGAAAGAUGUAGCAAGAUUGAGAGUCUCUAUGAAGAAAAGGGGAAUGAGAAAGAAGCCAGCCUGCAGCUGGAUUGAAGUUGGAAACAAGGUGCACGCCUUUGUGGCGGGUGAUGAAUCACACCCAUUCUAUGACAGAAUAAAUGAGACUCUGAAAGUUCUCUUGGAAAAGAUGGAACGGGAAGGAUAUGUGCCCGACACAAAUGAGGUUCUCCAUGAUGUGGACGAGGAGCAGAAGAAGGCAUUGUUGUCUGGCCACAGUGAACGACUCGCCAUUGCGUUUGGCAUUCUCAGCACUCCUGCUGGUACACCAAUUCGGAUAACGAAGAACAUCCGAGUCUGUGUGGAUUGUCACACGGCAAUAAAAUUUAUCUCAAAAAUUGUAGGUAGAGAGAUAAUUGUUAGGGACAAUAGCCGGUUUCACCAUUUCAAUGGUGGUCAGUGCUCUUGUGGAGAUUAUUGGUGA